GGAUGAGUUGCUCUCAUGAAUGCUCCGCCCUGCACAUCUAGCUGCUAGCUAACUCAGCUGGCUAACAAGUUUGUAUAUACGUGUGAGUCCUCAAGGCUGUGAUGGCGGCAGUGGCAAUCCCGGGGUCUAAAGUUACUGACUGUGUGACCAAGGUGGCGAUUAGCGUCUCGUGUGAGAAUCUGCUUGACAUGGAUGCUUUCUCUAAGUCUGACCCUCUGUGUGUUCUCUUCAUGAACAACAGUUCAGGGCCCCACUGGACUGAGGUGGGCCGGACGGAGAAAAUCAGCAACUGCCUUAAUCCCAAAUUCUCCAAGACUUUUGUCAUCGACUAUUAUUUUGAGAUGGUGCAGAAGCUGAAGUUCGAGGUCCACGACAUCGACAGUGACAACAGCCUGCAGGAUGCUGACUUCCUGGGCGAACUGGAGUGCACCUUGGGACAGAUCGUGUCCUCGAGGAAAUUCACGAGACCACUUGUAAAGAAGGACAAGAGACCUGCAGGAAGAGGAAGCAUCACUAUAUGUGCUGAAGAAAGAACAGACAACAGGGUGGUGGUGUUCGAAGCUGCGGCUAGAAAACUGGAUAAAAAGGAUUUCUUUGGCAAGUCCGACCCUUUCCUGGAAUUUUACAGGCAGACAGAAACUGGAUGGCAGCUGGCUCACAGGACGGAGGUGGUGAAAAACAACCUGAACCCGACAUGGAGACCGUUCAGCAUCCCUCUGCAGUCACUCUGUGGAGGUGACGUGGAGAAAUCCAUAAAGGUGGACUGUUACGACUACAACAACAGCGGAUCUCACGACUUCAUUGGAUGCUUUGAGACCACGCUCGCACAAAUACUGCAGGCAUCACAAACAUACGCUGCUGAGUUUGAUUGUAUCAACAGCAAGAAGAAACAAAAGAAGAAAGGAUACAAAAACUCUGGUGCUAUCGUUAUAAAAAAGUGCCAGAUUGUGAAGGAGUACACGUUUCUGGAUUACAUAAUGGGAGGCUGCCAGAUUAACGUCACUAUUGCCAUUGAUUUCACCGGCUCGAACGGGGAUCCCAGAACCCCUCAGUCCCUUCAUUACAUCAACCCUCAGGGCUACAAUGAAUACCUGGCAGCCAUCUGGGCAGUGGGUAACGUCAUCCAGGACUACGACAGUGACAAGAUGUUUCCUGCGUUUGGAUUUGGAGCUCAGAUCCCUCCUACGAUGCAGGUCUCUCAUGAGUUCCCCAUCAACUUCAACCCAUCAAACCCGUUCUGUGCAGGUAUAGAGGGCGUAGUCCAGGCCUACCAGCAGUGCCUCCCCCGGGUGAAGCUUUUCGGUCCCACAAACUUCUCCCCGAUCAUCAACCAUGUUGCCUGUUUCGGCCAACAGGCCAUCCAGCAGGAAACUGCCUCUCAAUACUUUGUCCUGCUGAUCAUCACUGACGGAGUGAUCACAGACAUGGAUCAGACUCGCAGCGCCAUCGUCAAUGCCUCCCGCUUGCCCAUGUCCAUCAUCAUCAUCGGGGUCGGAGGGGCGGACUUCAGCGCUAUGGAGUUCUUGGAUGGAGACGACGGGAUCUUACGCUCGGCUACAGGAGAAGCUGCCAUGCGGGACAUCGUGCAGUUUGUUCCUUUCAGGCAGUUCCAAAAUAGUCCUCAGGAAAUUCUCGCUCAGAGCGUGCUGGCAGAAGUUCCCGGCCAGAUGACCGGUUUCUUCAACACCAUGAGCCUGAGGCCGCCCAACAGCGGCACUACUCCCCCCGACAUCUCAGCGUCCGCACCCCCGAGUGAUGCAUCCUGACUCAGACCACCCUCUCCCCUUAGUGUACCAGUAACUCAAAAUGCACAGACACUCAGUCUUUAAUGGAUCUUUUAUUCAAAUGUCAUGUAAGCAUGCAGCAUCCAGUCAUGUUUUUAUUUGUUAGUGCCAACAGUACAAGGUCAUAGUGCACUGAUAUCAUCUUCUAACAGGUGUCUAACAUAGAUAUAGGUGAUUUUUACACAUGAUUUAUUAUGUAUCAAGUGCCAGAAUUGUUUGGAGUUUUAUAUUUUAUUGAUGAAUGGAAAAAUUAUUUGACACCAGUGUGUCUUGACACAAGUGUCUUUGUGAAAAGACUGAGGCAGCUAAUAUCAGCCUUCUCAUUAGUCCAUCCAACAGUCCAAAGACAUUUUCCUCACGUAUGCACUUUUCAGGGGGACUGCCCUGAAACCCUCCUGAUCUGGUUGUUCACACAUGCACCUCACAGCAGGGGGGGGAGGGGGGCGGGGGGGAUACGUAAAAAGAAAAACGCUGAAGUGGCAACAGAGUCCUCUAUACAACGCUAUAAAGAGAAUACAGUGGGUCUGGAAAGUAUUCAGACCCCUUUACAUUUUUCACUCUUUGUUUCAUUGCAGCCAUUUGCUAAAAUCCAAAAAGUUCAUUUUAUUUCUCAUUAAUGUACACUCAGCACCCCAUCUUGACAGAAAAAAAACAGAAAUGUAGAGUUUUUUGCAAAUUUAUUAAAAAAGAAAAACUGAAAUAUCACAUGGUCAUAAGUAUUCAGACCCUUUGCUCAGUAUUGAGUAGAAGCAUCCUUUUGAGCUAGUACAGCCAUGAGUCUUCUUGGGAAUGAUGCAACAAGUUUUUCACACCUGGAUUUGGGGAUCCUCUGCCAUUCUUCCUUGCAGAUCCUCUCCAGUUCUAUCAGGUUGGAUGAUGAACGUUGGUGGACAGCCAUUUUCAGGUCUCUCCAGAGAUGCUCAAUUGGGUUUAGGUCAGGGCUCUGGCUGGGCCAGUCAAGAAUGGUCACAGAGUUGUACCGAAGCCACUCCUUUGUUAUUUUAGCUGUGUGCUUAGGGUCAUUGUCUUGUUGGAAGGUAAACCUUCGGCCCAGUCUGAGGUCCUGAGCACUCUGGAAGAGGUUUUCUUCCAGGAUAUCUCUGUACUUGGCCGCAUUCAUCUUUCCUUCAAUUGCAACCAGUUGUCCUGUCCCUGCAGCUGAAAAACACCCCCAUAGCAUGAUGCUGCCACCACCAUGUUUCACUGUUGGGAUUGUAUUGGGCAGGUGAUGAGCAGUACCUGGUUUUCUCCACACAUACCGCUUAGAAUUAAAGCCAAAAAGUUCAAUCUUGGUCUCAUCAGACCAGAGAAUCUUCUCUCAUAGUCUGGGAGUCCUUCGUGUGUUUUUUGGCAAACUCUAUGCAGGCUUUCAUAUGUCUUGCACUGAGGAGAGGCUUCCGUCGGGCCACUCUGCCAUAAAGCCCCGACUGGUGGAGGGCUGCAGUGAUAGUUGACUUUGUGGAACUUUCUCCCAUCUCCCUACUGCAUCUCUGGAGCUAAGCCACAGUGAUCUUUGGGUUCUUCUUCACCUCUCUCACCAAGGCUCUUCUCCCACGAUUGCUCAGUUUGGCUGGACAGCCAGGUCUAGGAAGAGUUCUGGUCGUCCCAAACUUCUUCCAUUUAAGGAUUAUGGAGGCCACUGUGCUCUUAGGAACCUUGAGUGCUGCAGAAAUUCUUUUGUAACCUUGGCCAGAUCUGUGCCUUGCCACAAUUCUGUCUCUGAGCUCCUUGGGCAGUUCCUUCGACCUCAUGAUUCUCAUUUGCUCUGACAUGCACUGUGAGCUGUAAGGUCUUAUAUAGACAGGUGUGUGCCUUUCCUAAUCAAGUCCAAUCAGUUUAAUUAAACACAGCUGGACUCCAAUGAAGGAGCAGAACCAUCUCAAGGAGGAUCAGAAGAAAUGGACAGCAUGUGAGUUAAAUGAGUGUCACAGCAAAGGGUCUGAAUACUUAUGACCAUGUGAUAUUUCAGUUUUUCUUUUUUAAUAAAUUUGCAAAAAUUUCUACAUUUCUGUUUUUUUUCUGUCAAGAUGGGGUGCUGAGUGUACAUUAAUGAGAAAUAAAAUGAACUUUUUUGAUUUUAGCAAAUGGCUGCAAUGAAACAAAGAGUGAAAAAUGUAAAGGGGUCUGAAUACUUUCCAGACCCACUGUAUGUGUCUUUGUAUCAAUGCUACGUGUAGUUGAAGAGAAUCUCAAUGUGAACUAAAGAGUGGAGAAGAACAUACUGGAGAACAGGAAACAUGCAGCAGCAGGUUCAUUAGAGCACAGAGAUAGUAGAGGUGACGUGCAGACAGUCUAUGGUCGUUCAGCGAUCACAGGGAAUAAAGGUCACCACCCCCUCCCACUGGCUCCAGGUGAAUUCUCCUGAUUAUAUCCUGCUGUGUUCUCACAUCAGCUCACUCUGAUGUAAUUGUAAUUAAUUAUCUGAAUAAUUGGGCUGUUUGCGUUCACAGAAUGUAGCUCGCCCUGAAAACUUAAGGAGUUUUUCAGGAGUUUUGUGCAGGAGUGAAAGCACUAUCACCUAGCACAUGUACCUCACAGCGGGAGACCUUCCCUGUUGGAUGACAGCUUUUGCUUUUAAAUCAAUGCUAUGCAUCAAUCGACGUCCACAGUAACAAUGCAUGAUUGAAAAAAAACACAUAAGCAGAAAAGAGGAUGAAGCAGCUUCACGUGCAUGAAGAACCUGACAGUUACCUGGUUGCAUGGUUUAAACGUCAUCACCCGGCCCGGUCACAAUCUCUCUAUUGCUGUGUAUUUUUCUAAACAUUUCCUGCUGCAUUCACACGUCGGUUAACUGGCUGGGAAAAUUCCAGGUAUAAACUAAGUGGAAAAAUCGUCCAUUCGUGUUCACACAUUUUUUUUUAUGUGUGAAAACACAGAAAAUGUCAACUGGAGAUUUAAAUGGUAAAUGGACUUGAGCUUGUAUCGUGCUUUUCUAGUCUUCUGACUACACUGCUAACAUUUCCUCCAGUAUUUCCCUAACACAAUCAUCAUUUGUUAUUUUUCAUGCAUCCAUUCCCUCAGAAAUCAAGAAUACCUUGUAUUUAAAUCUUGGACAAAUCUACGGCUACACAAAAACAAUUCGGACAUGUUUACAUACUGGAUGCCUCCAAAACGGAUGAACGAGUCUCUUUAAAUGAAACAUUUUGUAACUUUACUCGAGAGCUGUAUUGUCUGUCUCUGCUGCUGUUUUCUACUUCAAUCAGUUAUUGGUUUUUUUAAAUUCAGUUUCAUAUUUGAUUAACAGAUUAUUUUAUAUCUUAUGUAUGAAACAACAAGGAAAUCUGGAAGACAUUUUUAUCAACAACUCUUAACUGCACGUUUACACUUCUAUAUGUAAGAUGUUCACUCUGUCUUAAAACAAGGAGGUACAGACCGCUCUCUUUACUGAGUUUUAUAUCAAAUGGAAUAAUACAUUUGAGUUAGUGUCAAAGUAUUUAUAUCGUUGUUUGUUUGCACCGUAGCAUUGCUUUGUGUUGUUCAUCUGUCUUUGUCAUCGACUUUGCUUUGAUCAGUAUUUGAUGUAAAUAUGAUUCACUAAAGAAGAAAUAAGCCAUCUUUUACUACAUUAUGUUUAAGUGUUGUAUUAUUGGAAAGAUUAGCUCUUGUGUUUGUCUACUGACAUUAAAAAUCUUUGUUUAUUUUCACAAA